AUGUUGACGUUAUUAAAAAAAUCAUGGAUUCAUCAAUUCCUGAGUGCUAUUGUGCCACUCUGGAGAGGAAUAAGAUCAUCCUGCCUCAAAAUGUCCAGUAUGUUUCCUUGGACUAUAGCUAAUAGUGAAACUUACCGUUGGGUCCCGGCUUGUUUGAGCCAAAGAAGCAUUCCGAUGGGUGCUCUCAGAGUAGGCACAGACGAAAAUGGUAAUGAAAUAUAUGCUGGAAGAGCACAUCACAAAGGCGGCUUACAACCAGCUAUAGUUAUACCCGCAAAGAACACUUGCUACAUAUCAUACGCUGGCGAAGAAAUUGUCAUAGACCAAUUUGAGGUUCUGGUCCCUGCUACGUUCUCGUGGCAGUUCUCAUCUCAAGGUAAAGUUCCUCCUGGUGCUGUUGAGGGUGGCUUCGCAGCCAAUGGAGAGAAGCUGUACUUCGGAAGAGUCACCAUAAACGGCCUCCCUAUACCUGGAAAGAUCCAACAAUCCCACGGAGUCUGCUACUAUCCUUUCGAAGGAAAAGAGGGGAAAUCGGAUAAAUAUGAAUGUCUUGUUCUUUUCUAA